UAUUUUUGUCAAGAGGCCCUAAAUAAAUAAAAAUAGCCCAAGCCCAAAUCGAAGUCGGAAGUCGCAGACUUCGGCCCUUCUGAUUUAGUGAUUUACGGUCGCCCAUCGUCUUCUGUGGCUCUGUCACUCCGAGUUGGUCACGCACUCACGCCGGUCGGUGUAUGCCGCCCUAAUCAUCCGAGCCUGCAACCAGCAGUUCUUCAGUCUUCCGAUAUCAGAUCCGCCCCUCCAAAUGCUCACUGCAUUGGCUACGAUUUAACUGCGACAUCGGGCAACUUUGAAAGAAGAUCUAAGAAAACUAUCAAUCUCUCAGAAUGAGCGCAGGAGGUGCAUUUGGUGGAAAUAGAGGAUUAAGGCCCGUGCCACCAGAAAAGGGAGUUUUUCCUCUAGACCACUCACAUUUAUGUGACUCGGAGAAAAAAGAUUACCUCGGCUGUUUGAAAACUUCUGGACAUCAAUCAGAAAAGUGUAGACAGUUCUCAAAGAAGUAUCUCAAAUGUCGAAUGGAGAAAAACCUAAUGGCAAAGCAAGACUUGUCAGAACUCGGAUUUGGGAAGCAAUAUGAUGCAGAAAAUUCUUCUUCUGUGGAAAAUAAGGACACAAGGAUAGAGAAGUGAUGAUAACUUAAACAAAUAUUUUGCUUGACCUUUUAGGGAAUCCGCCCAUUUUUGGCAUUAUUUUGAGGUUUGCUGCACGAAAAUGUAAAACCAUUGUUAUAGAUUUUAGGGAAUAUGGUUUAAAUUAUUCCGAUAUUCCCGGGAGACAAGUAAUCCUUUUGGUGUUGAUUUGAUCACAAAAAUUAGUUAAUAGCACACUUAUUUGUUGAAUUGCUUCUGCCUUUCUGGGAUUAGUUUUUAAUAUAGGUAUCAUCAGAUUAUUGAAGAUGGUUGGUUUUGCUAGU